CUGCGCAGCCGGUGCUGAAGAUCCGCUUGUCCCUGGACGAGUCAGUCUCUCUCAGUCUCUCUCUCUCUCUCUUUCCCUCCACCCGACAUCGCCCAACUCACCACUCAUCCUCUUCUUCCUCUUCCUCUUCCUCCUCCACCUCCACCGGCGGGUUCUUCUUUCUCUCCUGGGUCGACAUUGUGGUGGUGCUGUACUUGACAGAGAGUUGUUGUCGGCAAGAUGGUCUCCCCCAACCUGACCGGCAAAAAGGUCAACGUGCUGGUCUACUCCGGCCCUGGAACCACCGUCGAAUCCGUCCGUCAUGCCCUCUACUCCCUCCGCCGUCUGCUGGCCCCCCACUACGCCGUCAUCCCCGUCUCCGCCGACGCCCUCCUCCGCGAGCCCUGGUCCGCCACCUGCGCCCUGCUCGUCGUCCCCGGCGGCGCCGACCUCGGCUACGCCCGCGCCCUCAACGGCCCCGGCAACCGUCGCAUCGAGCAGUUCGUCAAGCGCGGCGGCGCAUACCUAGGCUUCUGCGCCGGUGGCUACUACGGCUGCCGGCGCUGCGAGUUCGAGGUCGGCGAUAAAACCCUCGAGGUCAUCGGCGAGCGCGAGCUGGCCUUCUACCCCGGCACCUGUCGCGGCGGCGCCUUCCCCGGCUUCGUCUACCACAGCGAGGCCGGCGCCCGCGCCGCAGAGAUCACCGUCGCCAAGGACGCCCUGCCCGCCGCCAUCGUGCCCGACCGCUUCCGAUCAUACUACAAUGGCGGCGGGGUGUUCGUCGAUGCCCCGCUUCUGGCGGACCAGGGCGUCGAGGUGCUGGCUAGCUUUGCCGAGGAGCUGAACGUCGAUCCGGGGUCUGGUGCCGCCGCCGUCGUCUACUGUCGCGUGGGCGAGGGCCGGGUGGUGCUCACCGGCCCGCAUCCUGAGUUUGCCGCCGCCAACCUCGAGAAAACCACCGCCGGACCCGAAUACCACAAGGUCGUGGAGGCGCUGGAGGCGGACGACAGGGCCCGCACCGACUUCCUCAAGGCCUGCCUGGCCAAGCUGGGCCUGCAGGUGACGCAGAGCACGACCACCGUGCCGUCGCUCUCGUCGCUGCAUCUGUCCGCGCAGGACCCGACCGCCACCGCCGACAUGCUGGCCGCGUGGGCGGACCUGAUCCAGACCCACGGCGGUGAGGAGCGCCUCAAGGACGAGAACGACACCUUCCGCAUCGAGCGGCCCGGCGCGUGGAACCUGUCCCAGCUGGAGGAGGCCCUGCCGACCGAGGGCAUCGUCGACUACAACGCCAUCGUCAAGCGGCUGGUCGUGCACGACGACGUGCCCUCGUCCAAGCUGACCCCGUCGUUCAACCACCACGCCUUCUACUCCAACCUGCGCCAGUACCAGGCGCAGUCGCGCGAAGGGGCGUCCGAGUUCGGCGCCCAUCUCGUGUACGGCGAGGUGGUGACCAGCACGAACACGAUCUUGGAAAAAAACCCCAAACUGCUACGCACCCUCCCGCAAGGGUUCACGGCGACGGCCACGACGCAGGUCGCCGGGCGCGGGCGCGGGUCCAACGUGUGGGUGUCGCCGGCGGGGGCGCUGAUCUUCUCGACGGUGCUGCGACACCCGCUGGACAAAAUCCAGUCGGCGCCGGUGGUGUUCAUCCAGUAUCUGGCGGCGAUGGCAGUGGUGCAGGGGAUCAAGAGCUACGACGCCGGGUACGAGAAGCUGCCGGUGAAGCUGAAGUGGCCGAACGACGUGUACGCGCUGGACCCGGCGCAGCCGGAGAAGCAGCAGUACUCGAAGAUCUGCGGGAUCCUGGUGAACUCGCACUACUGCGCCAACGAAUACAUCUCGGUGGUGGGGGUCGGGGUGAAUGCGACGAACGCGUCGCCGACGACGUCGCUGACGGCGCUGGCGGCGCGGUUCCUGGGGCGGGCGGCGGCGCCGGUGACGCUGGAGAAGCUGCUGGCGCGGAUCCUGACGCGGUUCGAGGCGCUGUACGUGCGGUUCCUGCGGGCGGGCUUCGACCGCGAGUUCGAGGCGCAGUACUACGCGGACUGGCUGCACAUGCACCAGGUGGUGACGCUGGAGGAGGAGGGCGGGGCCCGGGCGCGCAUCAAGGGCAUCACGCGCGACUACGGCCUGCUGCUGGCUGAGGAGCUGGGCUGGGAUGACCGGCCCACGGGGCGAGUGUGGCAACUGCAGAGUGACAGCAACAGCUUCGAUUUCUUCCGGGGGCUGCUGCGGCGGAAGGUGUAGCCACUGGUAUGAUGUAUGAAAGAGUAUCUCAGUACUUUUUUAGUAUACCAAGUACUGCGUACUGCUGUACGACGCGGGACCGACAUAACCUCUACCGAACUGGGAACGAUCGGCAAGGGUUUCUUGGAUACCCCCAAGUACCGCGGGCCCG